AUGAAAAUCGCCCGCUAUCUCGCCCACGGAGCCGAGCACCACGGCGUCGUUGAUGGGGACAACGUUACCGCUAUCGACGGCAGCAUCUUUGACUCCCAGAUUAAGCUAACCGACCACACCCACGCCCUUUCCGACGUAAAACUGUUGUCGCCGGUGGUGCCGGGGAAAAUCCUCGCCAUGGGCCUUAACUACACCAGCCACGUCGGUGACCGGCCGGCUCCCGAAUACCCCAUGAUCUUCCACAAGACCCCCACAAGUGUCAUCGGUCCCGAGGACUCCAUCGUGCGUCCCAAGGAAGUUCAGCGCUUCGACGCUGAGGGUGAGAUGGUGGUGGUAAUCAAGGACAAGUGCCGCAACGUCUCCAAGGACGAUGCGCUGAACCACGUCCUGGGUUACACCUGCGGCAACGACGUUAGCGCCCGCGACUGGCAGCAGAAGGACCGCCGCGAGAACAACUCGGACUGGUGGCGCGCCAAGUCCGCUGACACCUUCUCCCCCAUGGGCCCGUGGAUCGAGACCGAAGCCGACCCCCACGCUCAGCACCUGCGGACGCGCGUCAACGGCACCGAGGAGCAGAACGAGACCACGGCGCACCUGAUCUUCGACGUGCCCACGAUGAUCGAGUUCAUCACCCGCUACGUGACCUUGGAAGCGGGCGACUGCAUCUUCACGGGCACGCCGGGCACCACGUCCGACAUGGCCGACGGCGCAGUCUGCGAAAUCGACAUCAGCGGCAUCGGCGUACUGCGCAACCCGGUCAAGCUGGAAUCGUAA